UAUAUACUGUGAUUAGAAUAUACUUUUAGCAGAUGUAUUUUUAAAAAUAUUUAUCAUAUCAUGACUGAAAUAUCUGUAUCUGCACCUGGAAAAAUCAUUCUGCAUGGUGAACAUUCUGUUGUUCAUGGUAAAAAAGCCAUUGCUUGUGCCAUUGAAUCUCGAGUUUUUGUGAGAGCUACAACAUCAAACUCAAACGAUGGAGUUAUUUCAGUUUUAAUGUCAUCCCUUCAUGACAAGCAAAUAACAGUUCAAAUCAACGAAUUUUGUUUUUUUUGUGACAAACUGAAAGAUGAAGAAAAUCCUGGUAUAGAGAUUGAAAAAUAUUGCGCAGAGACGUUAUCGGAACAUGCUAAUGAAUUCAUGAGGCUUGCCAUGUCAUGUCUUCUGUAUGCCUACUAUAAAGUAUUUUUGUGCAGUGACCCCAUUACAGCACCACAUGUUUCAUUGAUUAUUGAGUCACAGUUGCCUAUUGGCGCUGGUUUGGGAUCAUCUGCAGCUUAUAAUACAAGUGUUGCAUGUAUAUUGCUUCUAUUAUCAGGAAGGAUUUCUACUGAAUCAAGUGAUAGUUUCAUUGAAUUGAAAAAUGAAAAUAAUUUGAAUAAAAUUAAUGAAUUGGCUUAUGAAAUGGAGAAAAUAGUUCACAAGACUCCAUCUGGAAUUGAUAAUUCAAUUGCCACAUAUGGUGGGGCGGUUUUGUUUGAAAAAGGGAAUCUUACCAAAUUAGAAAACAUGCCAAAGUUGCAGCUGCUUAUUGUUGACAGCCAAGUGCAACGAAACACAAAGACUUUGGUGUCAAAUGUGAAAGAAUUUUUAAAUAAAUUUCCUGAUAUUGUAAAUCCUAUAUUAGACGCUAUGCAUGGUAUCACUCUAAAAUCAGAAAUCCUUUUAAAAAAUAUUCAUGCCGAUCAGUUAAAUCAUGAAUUAUUAAACGAUUUAGGGAAACUUAUAAUAACAAAUCAAUGUCUCUUGUGUGGCAUUGGAGUGGGUCACCCUGCUUUGGAUAAAAUUUGCUUAAUUGCAAAAAAAUUUGGGUUUCCAGCGAAGCUAACUGGUGCAGGAGGUGGCGGUUGUGCAAUUAUUCUACUCCAUACUAGUUCUGGAUUACUUGAUAGCAAUGUCGAAAGCAUGGUAAAAGUACUUACAGAUGAAAACUUUAUAUGCAAAAAGGCAAUGUUGGGGGCUGGCGGAAUCAUGACUAAAUACACACAUCGCUAAUUUUUAAAGAAAGAAACACAAAAUUGACGAAAUUUUCCAAUCAUUGACAUUCUUGUUUUUUUGUUUUUAUAGU